GCAGUAGUAAGCUUGUGUACAUAUAGAACAUAGCCUAUUUUGAAUAAGAAAGAUAUUUUCAGGACGUGAUAAAUGACCGCAGGAGUAGUGUCGGUUACUGGAACCAGAAUUCAUCAGGACUGUUGACGUUACACUAAUAUUGCAAAGCUAUCGAAAGAGCUGGUAGAUUCCGAAAUCGUUUGCCGAUAUACAUAUAAAAGAGAGACCAUAUAUUUAUAUAUAUAGUAGUGCAUCAAGAAUUGAACAUUGUGAAUUCUCACCACGGAUAGAGAUACAACAAUAUAAAGGUGUUUUUGAGCAAAGACUGGCAACUGAGGUGGCAUAUAGCCAAAUCAGGGUGUUCAUAUUUUCCGCAAGGUCAUAAGUGCUGUUUUUCUGCAUGGGAGAAAAUUUUUUUAACGAAUUUACGAGGCGCAUAUACUCUUGUAACUUAAGUUCAAGAUAACAACCACAAGAGAAGGAGAUCGCCAGUCAUAAUGCAUUAAAACCGUCGCUAUACUUUCGACUCGCAAAUUAUUAUUAUCAAACCAGUGAAAUAGAAAGUUGGUUACCUUUGGAACGAAGCGUCAAUAGAAGAAUCCUUGAAAGAUAGGCCUAACAAGAAUCUACCAGACUUGUGUGUUGCUGUAUUUCUCAGGAUAAUACUGAAAUAAAAAAAGGUAAAGUUAAAGUAACCGUAGAUCCCAAGCAUAAGGCAAUAUGAAAGCUUCGUCGUACACACGACAUUUUGCAAGACGAUAGAAAAACAAAUAAUUGUUAUAUAUGUCGGAAUCAUUUGGAAGACGAUUAGAAGUCGUAAAAGAGUUUUUUUAAAAUAUAUUAUGCAACGAAUUUUGCAUAUCGUACAGUGCGAUAAUCGUACAAACUUUAAUGAAAGUAAGCCGUAUAUUGCAACCUCUAAAAUACUAAUUUAAUAUGUGUUAAACUUAAACCUGUAAUUAUAUUGCACAGUGUAAAUUCGGUCCCUAUAUAUCAAGAAUUUCAUGCAUAUAUACUUGGAUUCAAAAUGUGAUUUUCUCCAAAUUUGUAUAUGUCCAUUACGCUACAAUUUACGCCGGCUGAAAUAAUCGCUAAUUGAAUUUGAAUCAUAGUUUUGCAUGUAAAUUACGUUUUUGUUAAUUUCAAAAGCUAAAUACAUUCGUGGGUAUGGAGUAAUAAUUUUAUAUUAAUGACCUGAUCCUGUCGCGUUGCUUUUAAUUACAUACGAUGCACCGAAACAAGCAAAUUGUUUGGAUAAAACCGCGACAAAGGAAUAUGCUUGCAGGAAAUUAAGUCUGUUGACUUUAGAUUCUGGAGACAAGCUCUCAGAGAUAUAUCCCCGUUUAUUCAACCCAGAAAAUCAAUGUGAAAUAUACUACUACAGCGAAUGACGAAAUAAACACCAACUGUUUUGAAAAAAAAGCAUCGUAGGUCGAAGCGUCAAGACGCCGGUUUUUUUUAUCUAUCGUACGCAGUUGUUUUGCCGGCAAUAAAAUACACAAUGUAUUUUUAUCGUCGUGGUAUCUCACCGUUUUCAAAUUCAUAUUCCUCAUAAUCUCUUUGAUAGAAACUUAAAGAGGAGCUUUUGGUCAAUAUCAAUUCUGGUAUUUUGACUACACACGCGAACAUGCGGUAUUUUUGAGUAAAUUAUUGAUGCAAAAUCGCGGUGGAAAUAGUUUCAACGACUAUCAUGCGUAAUGUUGGUAAAAGCAUCCAAUUUCCUCGCAACUUUGGCGCUUCUCUUAACCAGCCUGCCCGCGCGUGGUAAACACCUGGAUGAAACCUGCAAUGAAGGUGGACAACUCACCAUAAUGUAUUGGCAACACUGUCCGUAUAUCAUGAGCUUACCAUCUGGCCAAGUCUCAGGAAUAUUUCCAAACCUCCUCGGCAGUAUUGUGAAGCAAUGUUGCCAUAGUGAUGUGCACAUGGUGUACCAGCAAACAAAAGGAUCUUCGGACUUCUAUGCUGCAAUUAAAAGAGUAAGGAUGACAAAAGAGAGCGUUGAAGAACAAAGCUCUCAACCUCAGUUCGACAUAGCACUGCCCCUUCAUACAUCGAAAUAUGGAAAAUCCUUGUUUGAGACAUUACCAUUCAUCGCUGUGGCCGAAUCACUGGGAAUAGCCGUGUUGAAACACAGCAAUGUCUCUAGUGCGAAACUAAUGAUGUCCUUGGUUCAAGCUUGGCCUGUGUUGCUGUUUAUCAUACUAGCAGCAUGUAUCGCUGGUGUAAUGAUGUGGUUUGUGGAAAGACAUUCCAAUUCGAAACAGUUCUCAGCCUCGUUUUUUAGCGGAGCAUUUGAUGGAUUUUGGUGGGCGUUUAUCAGCAUGACAUCUGUGGGAUACGGAGAUAAAUAUCCCAAAUCAGUAAUCGGGAAACUGCUGGGAGCAUGUUGGAUCGUAACUGGAAUGCUAUUUGUGACAAUGUUUCUUGGAAUCCUGACCUCAACACUCAUGACUUUGCUCAUGGAAGGAACGUUUGAUAUCCAGCACAAAAAGAUCACCGUUGUUGAUCGAAGCGAAGCACAUUGGUUGGGAAUCGAACAUCACGCAACGAUCAAGGUUGUAAAGAAACAAAAAGACCUCUACCUUCCUUUGAUCGAGUACAAGGUUGACGCAGCUUUAGUGGACAUCAACAGUUUACAAGAUGUUAUUCAAAAUCUACAGAAAGAACAUAAUAUCAGAGUUUCUGGGGUGCUUCUCAAGGAAAUAUUUUACGGCAUUGUACUAAGAGAACAAGCGAAAAAUCUGACAUCAUGUUUCCAAGAAUAUCUUGAAAAGCAUGAACAACAAAUAAUCAGAAAAAUGUCUGAGCAUAUUGGGACACAAAAGGAGAAGCCAGGUCCCGCAGAAGAUUAUUUUGGCAGUGGAGGAAUAUUCAGUAUAUCCGUGUACUGUAUGAUCGCUGUGCUGGUCACGUUCUGUGUCUGUGGCGCUAUCUGGGAGUUGCAUAAAAUGCGAAAUUUAGCUUUAAUGAAUGAGGAAAGAAACGUUGACGAGUACAGUGGUCAAGACUCAUCGAAGAGUGGUCGGCUUGCACUCGGCACAAUUAGUACAUCCAUCGAGGCCUUCCCGAGCGACUGUCAAUGCAAUAUGAAGGAUCCGUUUGAGUCGGUAGAUCUUUACUCCAGGCAAUCUGACGUUUAGAGGCAUCGCUUUAGAACAGCAACUUAAAGUCAUGAGGGGGUACGAUUGACUUUGGGGAGAUAAUAUGGGAUAUAGGAGGCGCAAGUUUACCCUUCAAGAUUGACGGAUUGCACUACCCUUCUCUUCUGGAGGUCUGAGGGGAGAAACUCUGAGAAAAAACGAGUUGGGAAAACAGGCUGGAUCCUAUGUAUGAACCCAAUGCUAGAACUCGUUUAAAAUCAGCUAAAAUCGCAUGCUCGUGAUCAUCAGAUGAAAAUAUCU